AUGUCGCUCUUCCAGAUUGCUGGCGUUCUUGGCGCCCUUACUGUCUCCGUUUCAGCUCACGGCCACGUCAGUGGAGUUGUGUCCAAUGGUCAAUGGUAUGCUGGCACAACCCCUGAGUGGACUUAUCAAGCCGAGAAGCCCAACACCGCCGGAUGGUACGCAAACAACCAGGACAACGGCUACGUUGACCCCACUGUGUUUGCCGAUGGCGAUAUUGUCUGUCACAAGGGCGCUACACCUGGUCUGGCCAGCAUCCCAGUCACUGCCGGUGAGAGCAUCGACAUUCAAUGGAACACCUGGCCAGAUUCCCAUCACGGUCCUGUUCUGGACUACCUUGCCCCUGUCGAUGGAGACUUUGCCGACAUUGACAAGACUGCCCUCCAAUUCUUCAAGAUCGACGAGGACGGAUUGAAAGAUGGUAGCACUACACCUGGCAGCUGGGCUUCUGAUGAUCUCAUCGCCAACAACAACACUUGGUCCGUGACUAUUCCAGCUUCCAUUGCUCCAGGCAAAUAUGUCCUGCGUCAUGAAAUCAUCUCACUCCACUCGGCCAACAAUGCGAAUGGUGCCCAGAACUACCCUCAAUGCCUGAACAUUGAGGUGACAUCCGACGGCACUGACGUGCCUGCGGGUGAGCCAGCUACAUCUUUCUACACGGCAGAGGACGCGGGCAUCCUGAUCAACAUCUACAACGCACCUCUCGACUAUACCUUCCCGGGACCCGCCCUCUACAGCGGCGCCGGUUCUUCGCCGUCUGAUGAUUCAUCAUCUGGCUCGCCAGCUGCCACGACUACCGCCACCGCACCUUAUGCCAACAGCACAUACUCUGCCACCGCAACUCUGACGUCCAGCUCCAUCGAAGUCGCUCCGACCACCAUCAUUGACCCAGUGCAGACGACCAGCGCUCCAACUCCCACUACCGAGCCUUACACUCCACCGACUUACGAGACAACUACAUCUGCAGCCUAUGCUCCUGUCGCAACCGAAUCUCCUUCCGAAUACAGCUCUAAGCCAGAGAAGGAUCUUCCCGAAGGCUUCGGCCUGGCUGAUCUGCAGGAGUGGGUCGCGUACUUGCUCAACCAGGGUUGGACCACCAGCAGAAACCACGCCAGAAACUUUUACGCUUGA